GGGUUCUGGAACGCUCAGUGGCAGUGCUGGGCUGGAGUUGGUCAGCGCACCACAGUCGGGUCUUGGCGCUUUGCAGUCCGCGUUCUCGGGACGUUUGUGUUCUCGCCGGCGCGGGGAUUCCUGCCGCGUUCCUUCCUGCGUCCUUCCCCCCCCCGAUUCGUAGGGCAAGGGGAAAGGCUGGGCCGUCGCGUCCCGGACCCUCGACGGGACCCCGCUGCGCACCGCUGAGCCGUCGCAGCGCGAGAUGAGCGCGGACGCGGCGGCCGGGGCUCCCCUGCCCCGGCUCUGCUGCUUGGAGAAGGGUCCGAACGGCUACGGCUUCCACCUGCACGGGGAGAAGGGCAAGGUGGGCCAAUUCAUCCGGCUGGUGGAGCCUGGCUCUCCGGCCGAGAAGGCGGGGCUGCUGGCCGGGGACCGGCUGGUGGGGGUGAACGGCGAGAACGUGGAGAAGGAGACCCACCAGCAGGUGGUGAGCCGCAUCCGCGCCUCGCCCAACGCCGUGCGCCUGCUGGUAGUCGAUCCUGAGACCGACGAGCAGCUGAAGAAGCUCGGCGUCCAGGUCGGGGAGGAGCUGCUGCGCGCCCAGGAAGAGCCCGGGCAGGCCGAGCCGCCGGCCGCCAACGACGCUCAGACGGACGGAAACGAGAAUGAGCCGCGCGAGGCUGAAAAGAGACACUCGGAGCAGGCUGAGCUUCGGCCUCGGAUCUGUUUCAUGAAGAAGGGCGCCAACGGCUAUGGCUUCAACCUGCACAGUGAUAAGUCCAAGCCAGGCCAGUUCAUCCGAGCGGUGGACCCAGGCUCCCCAGCUGAAGCCUCGGGGCUCCGGGCCCAGGACCGCAUUGUGGAGGUGAACGGGGUGUGCAUGGAGGGCAAGCAGCACGGUGAAGUGGUGUCUGCCAUCAAGGCUGGCGGGGAUGAGGCCAAGCUGCUGGUGGUAGACAGGGAAACCGAUGAGUUCUUCAAGAAGUGCAAAGUGAUCCCAUCUCAGAAGUACGUGGACGGUCCCUUGCCUGAGCCCUUCACCAACGGGGAGAUACAGAAGGAGAACAGUGGUGAAGCUCUCGGUGAGGCAGCCUUGGAAAGCCCCAGGGCAGUCCUGGCAAGAUCAGCCUCCAGCGAUACCAGCGAGGAGUUCAGUUCCCAAGACAGCCCCAAGAAACAGGACUCCACGGAGCCCUCGUCUACCUCCUCCUCUGACCCCAUCCUGGACUUCAACAUCUCCCUGGCCAUGGCCAAAGAGAGGGCCCACCAGAAGCGCAGCAGCAAGCGGGCCCCACAGAUGGACUGGAGCAAGAAAAAUGAACUCUUCAGCAAUCUCUGAGUGCCCACCCGCCCACCACAGUCCGAGGCUGUGGAAGGGCCCAGCCCGAAGCCUACCGUCCUAGCCACCCCACCCCCACUGCCCACCAAUCCAAGUUCCAAUCAGCACCAGCAUCUCCCUUCUUGAUGAAUCUGAUUGUCUUAAACACUUUGUUCUUCCCUUAAGGUGUUUUUCUAUCCUUUCCCAAUCAAAAAGCAGGCUCUUCUGCUCCCUGAGGCCCUUCUCCUACCAGGGGACCCUUUGCCACCCAGCCUGGGACAUCAGCAGGAUCCUGGAACCAGACUCUCACAUGUGACCACUGGUCUAAAACUGAUCAGGAAACUAAUUUCUGCAGCCAUUGCUCCCAGGGGAUAGGGUGCCCUUCAUCCUGAGAGUUAUGAUUUGGCUGUCUUUUGUUGAUUUUCCUUUCCUUUUUCUGUUUUUUAAAGAGUGCAGUAUCAGAGUUCAGAAGGAUUUUUGUUUCCUUGGUUUUCCUGUCAUUAAUAGCUGAGGCACAGUAGCAGCCUCUGCCUUAAAUUUUUGUUUCUAGUCCCACUCCUGGAGCCUGGGCAGCCUGGGGAGGCCUCGGCUGCCCCCUGCCAUCCCUGAGCCAGGCACCGCCACUGUAAAGAAACUGCUUCUGAAACCAAGUUCGCUCCUCUACUGCA